AUGAAAAAUGAAGAUAACGGGGCUGUAGAUGCCAUAGAUUCUGCAACCUUUAAGGUCGGUCAUGAAAUGGAUUCAGAAACUUCAUAUGCGAAGCCAGUUAUAAGCAAUCACUAUCCUUGGGUUUUCACAGAUUGUCCAGGUUUUUUGGAUAAUAGAGAUCCAGACGAUGCUGUUGUGACUGCAAUUAGUAGUCCCCUGGCGGUUCGAAAUGCCCGUCAGGUUAAAGCUGUCGUAAUAUUAAUAGAAAUUAGUGGUAUACUCCGUGCGGGACUAGAGGAAUUAAGCACAUUGCUGAAAGUACUGAUUACACUUUUUCACAACCCAGUCGAUAUGGUAAACUAUUCCGUCUUUGGUAUAACAAAAACAGAUCUUUUGGGAUUGACAGAAGACAGAGCGAAACAAAAAGUUUGGGAUGCUUUUAAGAAAAUCGUAAAGCAUUGUGAUCAAAAACUGGAUACGAUCAAGAAGGAGCCACAAAGAAGUGUUGAAUCUCCCCGAUAUUUUUAUAUUAUGAUUGUAACGAGAUCAAGAAUCUGGGAUUUUGAGCUUUCCUUUCCUUUAGUCUACUUUUAUUUGGAAGCCCAAGCCAAGCGCGAUAUCAUACACACGUUAACGAGACAUAAGAACUGUGACAACAAAUCAGCUCUAGUACGAACAUAA